CUUGACUUCUACACCCAUGACCUUGGCGCUGCCUCCUCCAGCUUACUACAGCAAUAAGGUCGACGCUCGCCGGCACUCGACGUACUACUUCGAAGAUGGUAAUCUCAGGUGCACAGACCGUCGACGAUUGGGUCGCUGUUCUCGAAUUGUCCACUAUGUGGGAAUUCAUGGACGUUCGCCAAGUCGCGAUCAAGGAGCUAGGCGCUCUCGAGAUGGACCCCGUUCACAAGAUCGUGACACAGAUGAGAUACGACAUUGAGCGAGAAUGGUCAUUAGAGGCUUUCGAUGCUCUGUGCCGGCGCUCCGAGCCGCUCGAAAUCGACGAGGGUGAGCGUCUGGGUGUGGAGGUUCUUGCGAAAGUCGCGUCGACACGCGAGAAGUUGUCGGCGACGUGGACUAAGCCGGGGAAGAUCGUCCGCCGGGCAUGGAUUCCCUCGAAUGAAGAUCUCCCGCUUUGAUGAUCUACUAUCGACGACCCAAGUGUAUUCGUAUCAAUCGCAUUGAUGUAUGCUUCCGAACCGUGUCUAUAACCUGCUGCGCUCCUGUACGACGAUUCUCCGCGCCCAUUGUAUGACUUCCCUGCCUCGCGGUAAUGCAAUGAUCACGAGUACCACUUUCCAGUGUACGUCAAGUCCCACAAAGCUUCCUCAAA